AUGGCAACAAAAUUUUCGCGAGCUGAUAAGGGCAGACAGAAAGAAAGCCAGAAAAAACGACAAGAUAAAAUAAAAAGCAUUAAAAAGAAUUGCGAGGGAGCUCAAUUCAGAUUCCGAAUUUCAGACACAUUCAAAGAGUUUCACAUAAAAUUGUUUGUGAUGCAAAAGCUUUGGAUCAAGAACAACACCGAAAGAAAUGUAGACAAGGCAUGA